AGGCAGGUAACGCUAUUGCUUUCAACGAGUACAUCACCCUCACAUUUGAUCUUUGUGGGCAGAAAUGGUGUCUAAAGUGAUUUCCAAAGACAAGUCUAAGAAGAUGAAACAAAAACAUAUCCUGCUACACCAACUCGAUAAGUUGGCAGUUCAAGUUUGGUUGGGUUUUUAAGAACCAAAAAAUCGAUUCCAUUUGUGGUUGUGGUUGGGAAAGGUUGUUCGGACCAACCAAACUAAACCAAACCGGUUCAAUCUGGUCUUUCUCGCGGCAGCUUUAACGUGCCGGCAUCACACCCAACUCUGCGGUGCGCGACUAUCGAACCUGGUUCCACUUCCAGUCUUUGCUCGAAAAUUCAACAACGAAAAGGAAGUUCCGGAUGAAUUAAGUUUGUUCCAUUAUCAAAUGCCGAAGCCUGGAGCUGCUCAAUCUCAAAUGGCCACACCCAACGACGCUACCAAUCUCCCUCGCACUUUUAAAUACUUGAUGGCUACUCAAUUCCUGUCAAGAGGCAUUCCAUUCAUCUUCAAUUUGUGGAUCGUGAGGCAUCUCACAGAAGAAGAUUAUGCGGUUUAUGCAGUACAAUUUCAUCUUUUUGUUACAUGUGUUCUGUUUCUCAGCCGGGAGGGAUUCCGGCGAGCAUGCAUGCGGGCAGAGUUAAGUGACAGCACUUCAGUGGAGGAAAAUAGUAGGAGGCUACUUAAAGUAGCCUGGUUGAGUUUCCCAGUUGGAUUGGUUAUUACUCUUGCUGCAUUUUAUCUUGUUAUUUGGUGGCAAGAUAUUGUCUUUUCUAAUCCAUAUGCACAAGCCAUCUUAAUUAAUGGAUGUGCGUGUAUUUUAGAGCUGUUGGCAGAGCCCCUAUACAUUCUUUCUCAGACUUUGCUGCUUCUUAAAUUGCGGCUUCUAGUUGAAACUGUGGCUACAUUUUCACGGUGCAUGACAAUGUAUAUCCUCCUGGUGAAGCGAGGUAACAUGGAGAAAGGAAUCAUAUUUGCUUUGUCACAAUCUGCAUAUGGUGCUUGCUUGUUCCUAGGAUACUGGGUCUACUUUCUUUCUUUCCGUGAAUUUAAAUGGUCAGAUCUUUUUCCUUUCAGAAUGGGAAACGUGAAGGAUUUUGAUAAGAAGCUUUCAAACAUGUGCCUAUUAUUUACUUUUCAAUCCUUCAGAAAGUUGGUUCUUCAAGAAGGUGAAAAGAUGGUUCUUGUGUGGUUAGAUACACCAUAUAACCAAGCUGUUUAUGGAUUGGUAGAUAAAUUGGGGAGUUUAGUGGUGCGACUGGUUUUUCUUCCAUUUGAAGAAAGCUCAUACACUACAUUUGCAAGGUCUGCAUCAGGAGAAUACCCAGAUAAGAGCAGAAAACUUGGUAUCUGCCUUUCAGAAGCACUCAAGUUAGUUUUGCUGAUUGGCCUAGUAUUUAUGGCAUUUGGUCCAAGCUAUUCGUAUGCUCUCAUUAGGUUGUUGUAUGGCCAGAAAUGGAGUGAUGGAGAAGCACCAACAGCUCUCCGGUACUAUUGCCUGUAUAUCAUUGUUCUGGCUAUGAAUGGGACUUCAGAAGCAUUUCUACAUGCUGUUGCAAAUGAGAGCCAACUCAAGAAGUCAAAUGACUCAUUGCUUCUAUUCUCAUUGAUCUAUGUUAUGCUAAAUUUUCUGCUGAUCCGGUCAUCGGGAGUAGUUGGCUUGAUUUUUGCAAAUUCUAUAAAUAUGAUUUUGAGGAUAACGUACUCUGCCAUAUUCAUCAAACGCUACUUCAAGAAUCCUCCAUUUUCCUUCAGCGGCUGCUUGCCUUCAGGAUGGAUAUUUUUAUUAUUCUCAGGGGUUCUGACCCUUAUUUCAGAGAGACUGUUUCAAGACGAGCAGAACUUUUGGUCAACUUUUCCACUUCAUUUUUCGAUUGGUUUGGUUUGCUUCCUUGUGUCAUUAUUCACCAUCUAUCGACAGGAGAGAUCCUUUAUCAACAAAAUUGUUCGUUUCCGUCCACAUUCAGAUUGACAAGAAUUUUCAUGGGCAGCUGCAUGUUAUAUUAGAAUAUCAGUUAAAAUGUUAAUCUUUUUUUUGUCUACUUGGAUGUGGUUGUGGGAAAUGCUUGUUGACUCGACCUCAAGAUCCCAUCUCGAAUUAGUUUUGAAAUUGUAGGAAAGCACAAGCAGAUAGUAUCUGGAACAUAUCCAUGACAGGCCGACAAGUUAACACUGCCAAGCGUCGGUAAUCUCUCAGAAAUGACUCAUCAUACUAAUUACUGAUCAGUAAUCUAUGAAUGCUUAUUUAUUUUUUCUGGGGUGAACAAA